CGCGAACGCAGACGCCGCCGCGCCAAAUAUCUCCUCUGCUCACUAAUACAACCGUAGUAUCACUAGCGUUUGUAUAAUAUAUUAAUAUAAUUACUUUGGAUUUUAUUCCAAAUGACUCAACCUCACAGCAAGAAACGCGUCUGCUACUACUACGAUAGUGAUAUUGGGAACUACUACUAUGGACAAGGACAUCCGAUGAAGCCACAUAGGAUACGUAUGACACAUAACCUCCUCCUUAAUUAUGGACUGUAUAGAAAAAUGGAAAUUUAUAGGCCACAUAAGGCUACGGCGGAAGAGAUGACCAAGUUUCACAGUGACGACUAUAUCCGUUUCCUGCGCAGCAUUCGGCCAGAUAACAUGUCCGAAUACAACAAGCAAAUGCAGAGAUUCAACGUAGGGGAGGAUUGCCCUGUGUUCGACGGCCUCUACGAGUUCUGUCAGUUGUCAGCAGGAGGAAGUGUCGCCGCUGCUGUUAAACUGAACAAACAAGCAUCGGAAAUCUGUAUAAACUGGGGCGGAGGCUUGCAUCAUGCUAAGAAGUCGGAGGCUUCAGGGUUUUGCUACGUCAACGACAUUGUGCUGGGUAUCUUGGAGUUGCUCAAGUACCAUCAGAGAGUACUGUACAUAGACAUAGACGUUCACCACGGGGACGGAGUAGAGGAGGCUUUCUACACAACCGAUAGAGUUAUGACUGUGUCCUUUCACAAGUAUGGCGAGUACUUCCCCGGAACUGGAGACCUUAGGGAUAUCGGAGCUGGGAAAGGAAAGUAUUACGCAGUCAACAUCCCUCUGAGGGACGGCAUGGACGAUGAUAGCUACGAGUCCAUUUUUGUACCUAUUAUUAGCAAAGUUAUGGAGACAUUCCAACCGAGCGCUGUUGUGCUGCAAUGUGGUGCCGAUUCACUCACAGGCGACAGACUUGGCUGUUUUAACCUCACUGUUCGAGGUCAUGGGAAGUGCGUAGAGUUUGUCAAGAAGUAUGGUCUUCCGUUCCUGAUGGUUGGAGGAGGAGGCUAUACAAUCCGCAAUGUUUCCCGGUGUUGGACGUACGAGACCUCAGUUGCUCUUGGGGUGGAGAUUGCCAACGAACUUCCCUACAAUGACUACUUUGAGUACUUUGGUCCCGACUUCAAACUGCACAUCUCGCCUUCAAACAUGGCUAACCAGAACACACCCGAGUACCUAGAGAAGAUUAAGAACAGAUUGUUUGAAAACUUGCGGAUGCUGCCCCAUGCUCCGGGCGUACAAGUUCAAGCUAUUGUUGACGAUGGAAUCAGAGAGGAAUCAGAAGACGAGGACAAAGCAAAUCCUGACGAGAGGCUGCCUCAAAGUAUUCAGGAUAAGAGAAUUGCUCCUGAUAAUGAGUUCAGUGAUAGUGAAGACGAGGGCCCUGGAGGUGGAGGCAGACGUGACAACCGUUCAUUCAAGGGAAGAAAGCGACCACGACUGGACCCCACCAAGCCUGAUGCUGACACCAAAAUGGACGAACUCAAGACUGAAAACGACAAAGAAGAAAAAACGACAGAUGAUAUGAAGAGAGAAACAGGUCCAAACCCUUGAUAAACCACCAAUAUAAUUUAUAUUUUUUCUCAUCUGAUGACUAUUUACCACCUUACUUUGGUUUAAAUGUCGUGAUAAUAGAAGAAUAUUUUAUAUAUCAGUAAGGAUGAGUUAUGCUUUUAAAGAUCUCCAUUUGACGAAAGGUUAGAUUUUGUAGAGCAACCCUGCAUCUUGAGUUAAUUUAUUAUUGUGUUCAAACAAGUUGUUCAUUUUUGAGAAAAAUUUUUGUAAAUAAACUGAUGGUUGAUGAUUAUUAAGGUGUGAUAUUGUUUUGAUGAGUUGAUCAGUUAUGGAAAACAAAAUUGAUUUUCUCUAUGAGGAAGAAGCUAUUACCGUAGGCCUAGUUUUAUCCUGGGACACCACGAGUUAGUACCUUUUAAAUUACAGCAAAGUAAAAUACUUCAUCUAAUUAAUAAAUAGUUUCUAUACUUAAUCAUCCUUCAGGGUGCGUUCGGUAGAGUUGAGGCGAGCUAUUGUCUAGUUGCAGACAAUCCUGCGCAGUAAAAAAAAUCACAAAACGGAAAAAUGGCACGAUAUGACUUACCUUUAAGUCUAUAAAUUUUUAAUGUUUUGCCUCUAAUCUCGUAAGAAAUGUUAUUUCUAGCCGUCCAGUAUAUACAGAAUUUUCAGUCAUCCAACACUGCAUAAAUCUUGGAACUCGCUGGAUUAUUGAAUGUCUAUUUUAUUAUCGUUUGCACCUUAAACUUAACUUUUAAUUGUCUCAAAAGCAUGAAACUCUAAAAACGAUGUAAAUUUAAUAUUUUUUUAUUAUAACUUUUUAAGCCUUUAGGUAAUGAUAAUAUUUAACGUACCUCUGUGCAUUUGGUUUUAACUUAGUUUUAAAAGACUAAAGUAAAUUUCAUCACAAUCCUAGGAUCCCCUAAUGGAUUGAAUCAAUAAUAUUGGAUCUGGAAUACUUUUGUAUCUGUUAAUGAAUGACGUACCUAUUUAAAAUUAUACAUUAAAAACAGCAAUUUUCUUUAUUAUUUUCUACGUAAAAUGUAUUGUAUUGAAAGAAACUUGGAUUGCUAUAUUAUAAAUUUUUAUUCACAUGGUUUUUUAUUGAUUUAGCACUUUUAUUUAUUAUACAUAGUUUUUUUUUACUUCUUUGUAUUGUUGUAAACAAGUACAUUUGUUGUCUAAUGUUUCAAUACCGUACCUGGAAAAACACCUUGUGUCACAGAUCAUAUUUUAAAAUCAAAGAUAUCCAUGAAGGGUAAACAAAAAAAAACACAUCAGUAAGAGCAAAAACAUGUUUGUCAGAUAAACUGUAUCAUAAUACUUUUAUAUUUUUAUAUUGUUGUGUGUGGAUUUUAGUUGUUUUCGUCAUAAUUUGAAUCUAGAUUUAGGCUUUAAAUUUUCAUAUAAAUUCAAGAGGUUGUAAAAUUUAUAUUUAUGCCUUUGACUUUCGGAUACCGAAGUAGACAUCCCACCCAUAUGUACGAGCUGUCGCUAUUGUUUUACUAAAAAAGAACAUCAGUGAAUAAGCCAAUCACUGAGUUUGACAGUAAAUAGUUAUUUGUGUAACUAGUGGGUGAAGUGGAACUUUGCUGCACUUGAGAAAAACGUUUAUGCACGAGCGGUAGGCAAGUAUGAAAAGUUUCUCAAGUGCAGCAAAGGCAGUUUGCACUCGUGUUACUCUUUAUAUUUUUCCUACAGUUGCUAUAAAUCAUAUAAAUAAUUAGUCUUUCAAAAACUGUACAACACGUUUUUGCGUUAGUUUAAAUCCAAACACUGAACAUUGAAAUGGGAAACGCUGCACCAGCUGAUCGUAGUCUUAAUGUGUGUUACCAACUCAUUUUCAAGCCACACAUAAUGAUGAUGUGCAUAAUAAAAGCACGCUGUUUUGUGUUGUUUGGUGAAUACUGGUAUGCGCCAAAGUAAAAACAGUGCGCCAAAGUAAGGCUUUCUGUACUAUAAUCUGUACAAGGAAGCCCACUUUAUUGGGUGACUGUAGGAAAAAUUCUAUUAUCUCCCAGUUUUUGUUUCUGAGAUAGUUGAUGUGACAUAAAAGAUAUCACAGCUUACAAUAGUAGUACUUUUAGUUUGGCUGGGUUACAAAGUCUGCGUUCCACAAAAAUCUGUAAUUUACAUUGUUCAGUUUACUCUGUCAGUGGCUUAUUUAUGAUUCAAAAACUGGGAACAACUUUGAGGUGGAAUGUCUAGCGCUAUCAACAGUCAAAGAUUUUACAUUGAAUGUGAACCAAGUUUUAUUUCAAGUAAAUUGUUGAAACAAGUUCCUUGUAGCAUGUACUGUAUAUUGUAACUACUAAUUCUCAUUUGAAUAAAAUUUGCGUGUGGAGGUUAUGAAAACAAAGCAUAUAUUCUGAAUGCUCACUAUUUUAAAAACUAAUCUAUUUUACACAAUUAUUUUUUAUAGUUUCAUUAUAAGCGUACCUUAUGUUUGUUUGUUACUAUUUUCCAACUCAAAAUGUACAUAUCUUCAACUGAAAACUAAUUAGUAAUUAGGCAAGCAAUACAUAAGCAGACUCUUCAAUAAUUUAUUUAUUUUUGUUAAUAGUGUUUUCAGUAGAUAUGAAUUCUUAAAACCAAUCAAUCAACAGAUAAAUGUAUAAAUAAAUGAAAUAAAAAUAGAAAAAUACUA